AUGGCCGAUAACCUGGCCCCUGCACUUCCGCAGGAACCUCCCACUUCACCCCAGGCUGGUCCCGUGGGCGCCGCCUCAUUCGGCCCCGGCGUCACAAGCGCCAAUCACGGCUACACAAGUGCCCAGUAUGUCUCAAGACAUCGUGCAUCCGUCCAGGUCGCCCCCGGGUCAGCCCCACUUCAGGGUGCCUAUGCAACCCAGCAGCCAGCGAGAUCGCCUGCCAAACCCUCUCAGCCCUCACUUCAGCAGCCUCUAUCACAAUACGCUCAACCUUCACUACAGCAACAGCAACUGGCUUCUCCUGGCUCUCAUGGACCGCCUCAAGGUUUCGUGGCGCCUCCUCCUCCUCCUUCUCAGAGGCCGCCUGUAUUAUCAUCGCCCGUCCAGCCAGGCCCGCCCACUUCCCUCCCAUAUUCACAACAAGGCAUCCAGCAGCCGGGACUAGGACCCGCCGCAGAUCCAUACUCACCUAGAUUCUCGACCCAGGGACCUUCCCGACCAGUGCCAUCUAUGCUUGGUGGGCCUGUCCGUCCUAACGGUCCAUCCAUGAGACCUCCUGGAGGACCUGGUUCUGGUGCAUAUUACGGCUCACCGCCUAUUCGCCCAAUGAACUCAAACCAAGGACAAGGAUAUCCUGGCGACUAUAGACCCGUUCGCACCACACCACCAGCUUAUUCGCAGAGACAGGAUGGCCCCAUGGGUAACGGAGGACCUGGAGGAAUGGGACCAGGACCAGGACCAGGGCCGGGGCUAGGAAUGGGACAUCGACCCCAAAUGCGUCCACCGCCUCAGCAGUCUUCCCAGGGAGGAUACCCAAUCGCCAGCCAAUUCUCAUCCAAUCGAUUCUCAACACAAUCGCUUCCAGGCUGGGAUCACGAAAAACCGUACGGCAACGGCCCAGCAGCCCAUCAUCCCAAUAUCCGCCCGCCACCUGCUUCAUGGAACGACCAACCUAGUCAGAACGGGGGCGUUCCCAUCACCCAUCGACGUGCCGCUUCCAACCAGAUUCAACCUACAUACUAUGGAGGUGACCACCAAGGGUUGGACAGACAACCGUCUGUUGCCUCCCAGUACAGCAACGGUCGUUACCCUCCUAAUAUUUCACCUGGUUACCAACAACAACCGCCAUUUCCUUCAAGUCCCAAUCGCCAAUUGGUUCGCCAUCAACUAUCCGACGCCCCCAUUUCUCCAACACCCCGACAUCACAACGGACAGCUCGGUUUCCCCGAAGGCCAUUACCACACCAAUGCGCCCUACCGGAAGCUCUCCAUUAGCGAGCAUUUGGACGGCGGUAGAAUCAGCCUGGACUCGACAGCAAGCAUAGAGUCUGGAUUUUCAAACCGCCAACCUGCGCUCUACCCGGCCCCCAACAUGUACAGUCGAGAUCCCGAGCCCGGCAUGGAUUUCCCUCCCAAUCGCCAGCGCUCUGCAUCAAAAUCAUCGACCUACUCGGGACACUCUGUUGCAUCGGAUUACUAUGCCGACUUUGACAGUAUAUCGGUGCCUCGUUCGACGACGCCCAAUGGCAGCUCGACUCCACAGAUUUCUAUCCAGUCGGCUCAAGGAUACCCUCCUGGUCGCACAGAUCCCUUUUCGAUGCGUGCACGUACUCCUUCUCCAGGUCGGGCUCGCCAGGGUUCCAAUCCUCCCCUGGCCAAUCGAUCAGCCAAUCCUCCCGUUUUCCUUGUCACCAGUCUCCCACAAUCAGAAGCUUCCCGCAGGAGUGCAGAGUACGUCCGGAUGCCGCCUGCCCAGGCCAAAAUUUCUCGUCUUCAAGGAGAGCGUUCGCAGUCAUUUUCUUCAUACAGCCCGCCAACUUUUGACCCAGCAGUGCGACAGGCUGCUCUGGGGUCAAUCUCCGCUGGCGCACUAGGACCACCAGCAGCAGUCAAGAGGCCUCCCAUUGUUUACCCAGCUCUGCUUUCACGUGUCGCCAACGCCUUUGUUCAACGGAUUACGACAUCCCCUCGCAUCAAGGACUCUAUUGAAUACAAGGACUGCUUUGACGGACGGGAUGCAGUGGACAAAAUUGCAUUUAUUAUCAAAACGACAGACAGGAAUUUGGCGUUGCUUCUCGGACGAGCUUUGGAUGCACAAAAGCUCUUCCACGAUGUGACAUAUGACCACCGACUUCGCGACAGUGUCAAUGAGCUGUACCAGUUCCGCAACAAGACGAUUACAGGAGGACCUCGCAUUCGCUCCAUGGAGUCCAUUGACUAUCGACCCUCUUACCCAGCACCCGAAGCCACGGAUGAGCUGGACACUGUCAAUGGUGUCUUUACCCUUUUGACAGACUGCUACUCUCCUACAUGCACACGAGACAAACUUUGCUACAGCAUCGCGUGCCCACGUCGUUUGGAGCAGCAAUCUCGGCUGAACUUGACGCCUAAUGGCGGCCUCAAGCGGGCGUUGAGCAGAUCGUCAUCCAAGGAAAAGAAGGAUCAGCGACUCUGGAUUACUUCUGUGCCAAAGGAAAUCUCGGAUGCCGUAUCUCUUGACGAGAAAAAACGUCAGGAAGUCAUCUACGAGUUGAUCUACACCGAGAAGGACUUUGUCAACGACCUGAAAUAUCUUAACGAUAAAUGGAUAACGCCAAUCCGGAACAUGGACCUGCUCCCGGAAUCGCGACGAGAAUCCUUUAUCGACAGAGUCUUUUACAACAUCAAGGACGUAUAUGCUGUCAAUUCCAAGCUUGGAGAGGCGCUUCUCAAGCGACAGCAGACGUAUUCUGUUAUACCCGAGGUGGGCGACAUCUUCCUGGAGCAUGUGGUCAACUUUGCGCCUUUUGUCUUGUACGGCGCGAACCAGAUCGAGGCCAAGUACGAGUUUGAGCAUGAAAAGUCCACGAAUAGUGCCUUUAGCAAAUUCGUCGAGGAAACGGAGAGGAGACCAGAGUCGAGAAAGCUGGAGCUGAACGGAUACUUGACCAAACCCACAACUCGUUUGGGUCGUUAUCCGCUAUUGCUUGAGGCGGUUCUCAAAUAUACCAAGGACGACAACCCAGACAAGACGGCGAUACCCCAGGUCGUCAACAUCAUCAAGGACUUUUUGCAAAAGGUCAACUUGGAGUCAGGAAAGUGCGAGAAUGCCUUCAACCUGCGACAGAUCAACAAGGGCUUGACAUGGAAGGGCGAGCCAAUGGAAUUGAACCUUCUUGCCAAGGAUCGCCAACUGAUCAUGAAGGGACCACUCAAGAAAAAGGGAACCAGCUCUGAGCAUGCCGACAUUUACGUGUUCCUCUUUGAUCAUGUUCUCCUGCUGACCAAAGAGAAGAAGGGCAAGGGUCCCGAGGGCUACAAGGUCCACAAGCGACCCAUUCGUCUGGAACUCUUGACACUUUCGACCAUGGAAGAACCUGCGAUGAAGUCAUCUCGUCGAACAUCGUCGUUGAUACCACACAAACCCUCCCACGCCAGCAAUGUUGUCGCCAAGAUCACACCCACCUCGAACCCACUGUCCAAGAUCACCUCCGACAAGUCAGGGUUCCCCAUCGUAUUUAGUCACAUCGGACGUCACGGAGGUUCGUUCACUCUGUACGCCACCACGCAUGCUGGACGGAAAAACUGGAUGGACAGGAUCCAAAAGCAGAUUCAGGCGCUGAAGAACAAGGCCGACUCGUGGAAACUUCUUCCAGUCUCCGAGAGGUACUUCCCUGCCAGCAACAAGGUCAACUGCUCCUCGACUUAUGACAAUGGAAAGCGUCUCGUUAUCGGAACAGACUCUGGCGUUUUUGUUGGCAAGCCUAAGGGGCACUUUAUCAGAGUUUUGCCACGCGAGCGCGUCUCACAAGUCGAUGUCAUGGAGGACGAGCGCAUCUUGCUUGUGCUCGCAGAGAAGCACUUGCUUGCCUAUGGACUCGAGGCGCUCGAUCCCAACGACCCCAACAACCCCAACAAGAGAGGCAAGAAGCUGGGAUCCUCUAUCAGUUUCUUCAAGACUGGUGUUUGCCAGGGCAAGACCCUUGUUGGAACUGUCAAGAAUUCAAGCAAUGCUUUGGAUUCCAACUCCAGCAUCAAGACUCUUGAGCCGAUCGAGCAGGACGGUUCCAAGAAGAACAAGCACAUGUUCAGGACCAUGCUUCGUGGAGGCAACAGCGAAAUGUUCAAGGUUCACAGGGAGUUCUACAUUCCCCGUGAGGUCACUUCGCUUCAUUUCUUGAGAAACACGCUCUGUGUUGGAUGCAGCAAGGGUUUCGAGCUCAUCGAUCUCAACACCAACACACAGGAAUUGCUCGACAAGAGUGACCCCACCCUAGACUUUGUCCACAAGAAGGAUGAGAACCUCAAGCCUCUUGCCAUUUACCGUAUUGGAGCUGGCGACAGCUUCACCUUCUUGCUUUGCUACGAAGAAUUCGCAUUCUACGUGGACAAGAUUGGUCGUCGGGCGCGCAAUAAUUGGAUCAUCCACUGGGAAGGAAUGCCCACCUUCUGCGCACUCUCAUUGCCAUAUGUCAUUGCCUUUGACCCUUCGUUCAUCGAGAUCCGUCACGUUGAAACCGGCGAUCUUGUGCAAAUUAUCCCCGGAAACAACAUCCGUUGCCUGCACCACAUUGCCAACCAACCCGGCGCUAUUCAUGUUGUCAUGACGGAUGAGGAAGGUGAUUACCAGACGAUCACCAGACUGUGCCUUGAGUCUCAAAUUGCCGACCUUAUUGAUUCGGACGAGCUAGAGGAUGACUUGGCGCCACCACCUUACGCUUCGGCCACGAUUGUCGAGGAGGAUGAGGAACCAUCCACGCCUGAGGAGGAGAAGGGAACGUCCUUGUUGGACGAUGAUGACGAUCACAACUACAGCCCGACAGAUGGAUCGUACCACCCCUCAGCGCUCAGCCGGAAUCUCAAGCGGUUGACGCUUGAUUUCGGCGAAGGGUUUGAUAUUGGAUCUAAUUCUCCAGACAGCCCCCAGAGUUUCCAAGAGAUUCUGGAUAUUGGAUCUGGUGGGAUUGGUCAUAGCGGAUCAUCGAGUUCUUUACCCCUCAAGGACGACGUGAACACCAACGGGCAACGACCUACCUAUAUCUGA